AUGGCGCCCACGGCCGCGGCGUCGCCCGUCGCCGCGGCGGCGGCGCGGAGGUGGACGACGACCGCGCCGGCGCCGGCGGCGACGCGCGCGCGACGCCGGCGGAGGGCGUCGUCGUCGACGCGGAAUAACGCCGAAGACGCGACGACGACGACGACGACGACGACGACGACGCCGCCCGCGCGCCGACGACGCGCGUCGCCGUGGCCGCUCCUGGACGCGGAGGACGACGCGCGGCGCGCUUCGCCGCGGUCGCCGCGCGACCGCGACCGCGACGCCGUCCCCGCGCGGCACUGGACGGUGAGCGCGCCGUUCGUCGACGCCGAGACGUCCGCGACGCGCGCGGUCGCGACGACCGCGGACGUGAGCGACGCGCUCGCGUCGGAGCUGCUCGACGCGGGCGCGGUGUACGUGGACUGGUGGCCGGAGGGGAGACGCGCGGGCGGCGACGACGACGACGAGAGCGCGGCGCGAUGGCGCCGGCUCCGCGGCGACGUCAUCCGACGCCGACUCGCCGUCGUCCCCACCCCCUUCCCCCACGCUCGAGCAGGCGAACGCGUGCGCGUGCACCGCACCCCGCGGCGGUACCGCGACGCGUGCUGGCUCGGCGAGGCCGGCUGGCGAAAGCGCGUCGUGUACGAGGACGAAGAGACGCUCGCGGUGAACAAGCCGCACGCGCUUCCGACGCAAGCGCACGAGAGCAACGCGGCGGAGUGCGUCCCGGGGUGCGUCGCGCGGGCGUUAGGGUUUACGGGCGGCGUAACCGACGGAGACGACGCGUUACUGGUGACGCAUCGGUUAGACGCGAGCACGAGCGGGGUCGUGGUGCUGGGGAAGACGCUCGGCGCGGUGCGAGCGUUCAACGCGUCGAUCGCGGGAGGGAAGCGAGUCACGAAGACGUAUGUCGCUUUGGUGGAAAACGCGAGUAACGUUCGACGACGUGGCGUUACCGUGGAAGAUGCGACGACGCCGCCGCCGCCGGUGCCGCUCGGGAGGUUCGUGCACUACAUGUAUCCCGGCCCGUUCGGCGCGAGCGCGCUCGGCGGGCGCGGCGCGCGUCGAUCGAACGCGCGGUUGUUGCGACGACGCGCGCCCAGCGCGAGCGACGGCGACGCCAAACCGUGGAGACGGUGCGAGCUCGUGGUGCGGUCGUGCGCGCGCGCGUCGCCGCGCGACGUCGCCGCGUGGCGCGCGCUCUUCGCCGAGAGCGUCGAGGGGAACGCGAACUGGGAGGCGGCGCGCGGCGUCGACGACGGUUCGCGCGACGAACCGUCGCGACGCGCGGGCGACGACGCGGUGUACGAGGUGGAGAUCGAGCUCGUCACCGGCCGCACGCAUCAAGUCCGCGCGCAGCUCGCCGCGCUCGGGUUUCCGAUACUCGGCGAUACUCUGUACGCGCCCAUGGCCGGGUACCUCCACGACGAGGGCGAGGGCGAGGGCGACUUGGUCGACGUGGACGCGAGAGAAACGCACGCGAGUGAGCUGUUGGAGAAAGGCGUCGUCCCGGACUGGCCCGUCGCGUUGCACGCGGCGUCGUUACGAUGGGACGACAAGCUCUUCGCGGCGCCGCCGCCGUGGCGGGAGGAUGUAGACGAACGUACAUUGACAAUUUCCCGGAAGGGCUGUGUAGUCUACGAUAAGUUACCGUAG